AGCCUUUUGGCUAAAGGGAAGUGGGCCAGCAGAUCAAUAUAUUGUUGGCUUGCUAAACCUGAAGAGUCAUGCCCAAUCUCGACCAGGUUGCACUCCUUCGCCAGGAGAUUGAAGGUCUUAAGCUGGAGCUGCAAGAGGUCAAGUCAAAGGUGGGUAUUGAAGUGAAUCCGGAUGUGGUCAAGAUCAAGAUGCAGGCUAGACAGGAAGAUGAGAUUGACAUUACGGAAGCGGAAAGUGCAGGCUUGGCCUGGUCCGAACAUUCUUUUGAGGACCGUCCUGAGGACGGUUCCAGUCCAAGAGAGAGAGAGUCUAUGAGGAAGGGCAGCACGCAGGACAUCUCGCUUCUAGGAGCAAACGAGACGAUUUCAAUGGUGUGCUUUGACCGCAAAAGUGCCUGGAGCAUCCCUUUGGUGGUGGUCUUUUCGGAAGCCUUUGAUACCAUCACGGCAGCGGUGAUUCUGAUUUUCAAUUUGAUUAUGCAAAGCCUUUUCAUCAGCAUCAUAUCGGGCAGAUCCUUUCUUGGUGAAGACUAUUCGAAUCAGGUUGACGACGCGGCGUCUUGGCGACGGAGCUUUGCACACGACUCCAAGUACGUGGACCUGACAGAUCGAAGCCUGGCAUCUCGCGUGUGUAAUGAGGAUGGAUCAUUGAUCUUCUCCAAUGGCCAAACCGAAAUUCUGACUCACAUCAACGCAUUCCUUGGGAUGAGCAAAGAUGAAUUUGAGUUGCCAUUCUUCAACCCUGGAGUGUUGCUCUCGGUUCUUUGCAUUUUGCUUUGGAACCUGUGCAUCUUCAAGGAGUACCGCAGCAUUUGGCAUGCGUUGCAAGGGAUGUAUUUUGUGCCCAAGGCUUCCAGUACCACGUUUGGAGAUGGUGCCUUGCAAACGAUGUCACGAGGCCGAGUCUUCCUUCUUUCAGUAGUCUGCUUGAUUCGCUUGGUUGUGGCCACCAUGCUUCUAUAUGUCGGUAGUGUUUGGCUGUCGCGAACCACGUCCAUCUCUGAGCUCAUGUUGAACGCUGUGGCCCUCGAGGCCAUCAUUCACGUGGACGAGUUCCUGUUUUCCGCUUUGACACCAACAAAGGUGCAGUAUCGGAUCCAAAAUCUUCCACCUGUCAAGAUUAAGCAGAACGGCAACAAAUACAAGCUGGAGAAUAUUAUCUUUCUUCUGCUUCUCUCAGCAGCUCUCGCUCUGCCAUUUCUCCUCUUUCUGCAACCUCUUACUCAAACCAUGUUGGAUGUGAAGUGGGAGAUGUGCGGUGGGAACCGGACCUUCAUCGUGGCAUUCAACUCUGAUGUUCAGCAGGCGGUGGGAAAAGCCACCAGACCAAUUGGUGCAGAAUUUGAUGGUGAGACACCCAUGGUUGAGAAGGCCGUGGCAGAACACAUUUUUGCCUUCAUCAACUACUCGGACAGUCGCUCACAACACCGUAUUGAGAAGUACAUUGACUUUACAAACACCGCAAAGGCCUUUCGAAAAUGGAGCGAGCAGUCGAUGGACGAUUACGGAGCAUUGUAUCCUAUUUGCCUGGAAGAGUGGUUUCCCGAGGGAAUCAAUUCUGCCAAAGUCCGUGAGUACAACAACGAAACAGGACUUCUCUAUGACCUGUGGAGUCUGCAUUUUCGAUCCGCUGCCGAACUCUUGGGCUACCCCAACUUCACCGAUCAGACUCUUUGCGCGGACUUGGUGGCCUAUUGCGACUUACCACAGGCACGCCUGCUGCGCUUUGCCUGCGGAAUGACCUGCGGAUGCGACAAGCUCAUGGUAAACCCACUUUACCGAGUCCGAAGCCAGGGCUGCAACCAAGG